AUGUCCCGAUUAUUCUCAUCAUUUAAAAAUGAUAACAUAUCACGUUUACCCAAUGAGAUUUUGUAUAAUUUGUUGGAUCAGUUGGACGAUAAAGACCAGCAAUACCUUUCUUUAACAUGUCGAUGGCUCUAUCGUUUAAUAAGAAUGAAUCGUUUUGGUGCCGUGUCACCAGCUUGGGAAGAUGCGGAGAUUUCAGGUUCGGAGGGGUUACCCGCAUCUUCAUACCGUGAUGGCGUGUUCAUAAACGGUAUUUUAUAUAUUCCGAUCCUUGCGAAAGAAAGUCCUUAUUGUUGGUCCCUUGAAUUUGUCCGAUCUCCUUUGGUAUUGAUCCGAAAUCCCAUAAAGUUUGAACACGAUACUAAAGAUCAUUACGAACCGUGUAAAUUCGCAGCAACCGCCGCUAUAGGAAAUGUUAUAUAUAUUUUUGGAGGUCAAAAUCUCUGCACAGAAAGACUUACCAAUACGCUUUACGAAUUAAAUGUGAAUACAUUUGAAUUACGACAGAUACAGAAGAGUCACAUGAUACCGAAACCGCGAAUGUUGCAUACGCUAAAUUCCAUUGAUCAUUAUCGAUUAGCGUUAUUCGGUGGAAAACUUGAAAUGAAUGGUCACUUUUACAAUGCUAAAGAAUUAGCGGUCUACGAUACGAGGAAGAAUGAAUGGACAAGAUGUGAUGAAACCAAAUGUACUCCAUUUUCUCGAUCCAAUCAUUCAACAAUGUUCACGAACGGGAAACUUUACGUAUACGGAGGCCAAAAAACCAGAUCCCGAUCUAAUCGUACGCAUGAUGACCCCGAUAUAUGGGUAUACGAUGUUUUGAGACUCGAAUGGCAAAAAUUUCUAAAUUAUGAAAACGAAAGGUUUAUGUCGACAAUUGAACUUCCCGAGAAUUGGAUACCAACGUCUGGAGCAAGUCCGUCGAGAAGAUGUGGUGCCGCGAUAUUGCCAAUUCGUAAUCAUCUAGCAAUAUUGGGAGGUAACGAAAUUUGCGAAUCGAAAAACGAAAACCGUUCAUGGGAAUUUAUUAAAAUUUUAUCCCCGAAAAAACGUACCUGGGCUCACAUAAGGAUUAAAGGAAUGCCUCUUAUUGAUUGUGUCGCAUUUAUGAUCGAUCGUAAAAUCGGAACGAAAAACAUUUUCGUACUUGGGAAAAACAAAAAUGAAGAAAAAUUGAUUAUGGGUUGGAUUAAGGAUACUAUGAACAAUAAUUAG